GAGCGAACUGGCGUCCUUCUCACAGUAAGUUACAUUACACUGGACAAUCGAUUUGGCGAUGGGGUGUGCACCAUCGAGCGAUACCUCGAGCAGUGCUGGGUCUGCCCCAGAGCAUACACGGCCGAAAUUCCAUGCCAUCGCGGACAAGUACGAAACGUAUGAGGAGCUCCAGCAAGCCCUGCGCAAGGCUGGCCUUGAAUCAUCCAACCUUGUCGUCGCGAUCGAUUACACGAAAUCGAAUGAGUGGAGUGGAGAAAAGUCGUUUGGAGGAAAGUGCUUGCAUUCCAUCGACCCGUCAGGCUUUGUAGUCAACCCGUACCAGUCUGUCAUUUAUAUCAUGGGGCACACGCUGGAAGCAUUCGACGACGACAAACUCAUCCCAACACUUGGAUUCGGCGAUACUCGCACGUCAUGUGUGAGCUUCUUCAACCUCGGCGUGAACAGCGCUCCUUGCCGCGGCCUUGCGGAGGUCCUUGAUCGGUACAAGCAAGUGACUCCGUUCGUCCAACUGUCGGGACCUACCAACUUUGCCCCGGUCAUUCACGAAACGAUUCGCAUCGUGCAGCAAUCUAGGCAGUACCACAUCCUGGUCAUCAUUGCCGAUGGCCAAGUGAGCAAUGCGACGGAAACUCGAAAUGCGAUCGUGGCCGCAUCCAACUAUCCCAUUUGUACGGCAUUCGUGGGCAUCGUGAUCGUAACUUGGUUCUGUCUUGUACAGCUAUCAUCAUGGUCGGUGUCGGCGACGGGCCGUGGGUACGUGAAUGAACAGCUUGGACACGGUCGCACGAGGUUGUAGGACAUGAUGAAAGCGUUCGACAACGAAUUGCCAGCACGCCGCUUCGACAACUUUCAAUUUGUCGAGUACACCAAAGUGCUGCUUCGAAACCCGACGGCCCCAGAGGUCGGGUUUGCCACGGCUGCCCUCAUGGAAAUCCCUGAGCAAUACAGCAAGAUCAAGCAGCUCGGAAUGCUGCUGUAGACGACCGUACAAGGCGGCGGGACAUCACCGUGGGCGCUUUCAUAGUCUUGUUGAUUCAUCUGUUGCGAAACAACAGCGAUCGGGCGUGCCUUCAGUGUGUGUUUGGCUUCGCACGCAGAAUCAUCGUCAGGCCACUCGGACACCGGUCGCAACUUCGCUUUCAAAUUUUCCUACAAGAUCACGGUCAUGGAGCAGUUUGUUUUGCGAAGAAUGGUCUAUCUCGAACGAGCACUGGCGUGGCUUGGUGUGUGCAGCUCACCAUGCUCUCCAUGUCGAACGCGGUCAUUUCCAAGCUCUUCGAGCAUACAUAGAAGUUCAGAGUGUGGAAACGUCAGUCCAGAUGAGGUAAUAAAAUUUAAUCGAAACAAGCCACAAUUUUCAC